UUUAACCGAGAUUUGUCGCUGAUGUAUUACUUUUAGUUCAGCAUUUUCUCUUUGCCUCUAAAUCGACACUUCUUUUCCGAUGGAGGUCUCUUCGCUUUCCACCAACCACCCAACAACUUAUCUGUGCUCAUCUUCAACAGAGUUAUCACUUCAAAAAAGAAUUCACUUUCUUUCAUGGAAUCGUGUUUCGCUGCCCAUUUUACAGAGCAGAACUGCACAACCUCUGUUAAGUGAUACGGGACGUUCGGUUCAUAAAAGAAACUAUCUCAAGGUUUUGUGUAGUCAACAGAGAGAAAUUCCUAUUUUAGAGGCUAGGUGUAUGGAUGAGAUUUAUGAUGCUUUGGCUGAGCGCCUUAUUCCCACAUCAUUGAUUGCAUCAAAUCCCAGUGCGAAGUGUAUGGUGGGUUUAGCUGGCCCUCCUGGUGCUGGAAAGACCACUCUAGCAUCUGAAGUAGUGCGACGUAUAAACAAGAUAUGGCCUCAAAAAGCUUCUUCAUUUGAUUCUCAGGUUAAGCCUCCUAAUGUUGCUAUAGUUCUUCCUAUGGAUGGGUUCCAUCUAUAUCGUUCUCAGCUGGAUGCAAUGGAGAAUCCAAAGGAGGCUCAUGCAAGAAGAGGAGCUCCAUGGACAUUUGAUCCAUUGCGACUGCUUAAUUGUCUGAAGAAUCUGAAAAAUCAGGGAUCAGUUUAUGUGCCAUCAUUUGACCAUGGUGUUGGAGAUCCAGUUGAAGAUGAUAUCUUUGUGAGCCUCCAGCAUAAAGUGGUUAUAGUAGAAGGAAAUUAUCUGUUUUUAGAUGAAGGAUGUUGGAAGGAUGUGUCAUCUAUGUUUGAUGAGAAAUGGUUCAUUGAUGUUGAUCUGGACAUGGCUAUGCAAAGGGUUUUAAAGAGACAUAUUUCAACAGGGAAGCCCCUGGAUGUCGCUAAAUGGCGGAUAGAGUAUAAUGAUCGACACAAUGCAGAGCUUAUUAUGAAGUCAAAGAAAAAUGCAGAUUUGGUAAUAAAGUCUAUUGAAUUAUGAAGAUGAAAUCACCAGUUGCACUAGAGCAAAAGAUCAUAUGAAUCUGUUUGGCUUAAAGUUUCUGCAAAACUGAGGCAUAAAGUAUCAGCUGUCGCUUUUAUUAUAUUGUCAAGUUUUAAUUUUGUAUAAUGAAUGAAUAUAUAUGUCUCAAGAGAUAACUUGAAGACAUAGAACCCGAGGAAAAGGGUUUGAAUUUGAGACUUAUUGGGUCA